GAACACUCCGGGCUGACGUCAGAGAGACGCGCCUUAAAACCAAAGAUCACACCACAGGGAGAUGCAUGGCUUGAUCACACGCACUCUGUCUGUCUUUGGAUUGUAGCAGGGACGCUGCAGAAACUGCAGCAGCUGGGUAAAUGAGGCGAAACGGCAAAGGUUACUUUUAAAGACUGCUCGGUGCGUAAAAUGAAACUAGUGUAAAUGUUUGCGAGCCCCCACCGGGGUAAGGUAGUAGAUUGCAGCCUAGCCCUAUUUCAAAAGUGAUAAAUUUAAAUGUGAAACUAGCACUGAACUUGUGUCAGAAGCAAAAGUCUACCUUUGGCACGGAUUGCGUUGGAUGUCGCCCUGGGUCCGUGCUCCUUCUUUUGCCUCUUGACUGAGCCAUGGCUUACGCUCAGCUGGGAUGCAGCUACUCCACCGCACCACAGUUUCUGAUGACCUCUAGCUCUCUGGCCGGUUGUCUGGAGCCGGGAACGCCUGCGUCAAACUCGGUGCUGCGCUCCCCGGGCCAUCAAUUCACCUCUGGCACUGGCAUCGGAGUUUACACCGGCCCUUAUCCAAAGAGCCAAGGUUAUUAUAACACCUGCACCAGCGACGCUCUCUGUUCCAGAGGUCCAUUAGAUUCCAAAGACGGAGCUACAUCUGUGCAUGUGACCACAUCUCAGACUCCCGGGUACUAUCCUUAUGAAUACACAUUUGGACAAUAUCCUUAUGACAGAUAUGGGUAUUCCUGCUCUGAUGGUGCUUCCCGUCGAAAAAAUGCUACUCGAGAGACUACCAGCACUCUGAAGGCCUGGCUGCAGGAACACCAGAAGAAUCCCUACCCAACUAAGGGAGAGAAGAUCAUGCUUGCUAUUAUCACCAGAAUGACCCUUACACAGGUGUCUACAUGGUUUGCCAAUGCUCGCAGGAGGUUGAAGAAGGAGAACAAGGUGACGUGGUCACCCCGGGCCUGUAAAAACUCUGAUGACCGAAGCUGUAAUGAUGACAGUGAUGAAGCUGAGAAGCCACUCAAAUGUGAUCAACAGUGUGUAGACCUGCAGAGUGACCUUGAGGACUUCGACUCCCUGGAGUCAGAUGCUUCCGACUGUGAGCCGAAGCCAGAGUUCUUACCUGAGGACAAUGACGCAAACCCAAACACAGAUCUCCCACAUGGGCACCUCACACCACUGCAUGGAAAAGAGAGAUUGUCCCCAGACUGCCCCAAGCUCACACCGGAUCAACAUCAUAAUGACACCUUCUAUCCUAAUCCAGACCUUCGAAGCACAGACCCCAAGCUGAAAACGUGGUCCGUUGCUCACACUGCGGUGUCUUUAGGUGUCAGCUUGCAGCCAGAAUACCCUCCCUGUAUGCUUUCAUCAAUGACCAGGUACUCCUUUCCUGCACAUCCGUCAAAUAUGGGGCUCAUUAAGGCAGACAGGCAACAGGAAUCACCAGUUGCCAUGUUAAGAGAAUGGGUGGAUGGAGUUUUCCAUGGUCCCCCCUUCCAACAGCCCAGACCUGCUGGGGUGUGGAAAGGUGUAAGUGAUGCCCUGACAAACAGCAGAACACCUGGACAGUCCUUUGAAAUCGUUAGAGCUAUGUCAUCUUUGUAGGCCAACACAUUAUCAGUGAAAUGUUUUAAAAACUGCUGGACCUAAAACACAAACUCUAUAUUUUAUUGUUGUGACUUGACCAAUUGAUCAUUCGCUAAGCUACUGUGUACUCGUUACUGUUGCCAAGUCUGUCAAGCUUUCCAUUCUUGCACAACACAUUUCCAACAAUGAAGCAGAAAUGGCAUUCAACAUCUUGAGUAAGUUUUAAACAGUGGGCCCUUGGUUUCAGACAGCAGUAGAUAGAAGCAGGCUUCUUAUUUCCUGUCUUAAACCUUUGAGAUUUCCUUCUGGGCAGUUGGUGGCAGUUAUUAGUUAGAUGACAUCUAUAGAUGACAUCAUUGCUUUUUGGAAAUAGUUCUUGGUUACUAUAUAUUAAAACAGUUAUGUGGACAUGUUUAAUGAUCACAUCUUAUAUUAUUGCAAAUACACACCAUUUAAUCCACACUUUUACACUUUUGUGCUGUGUUUUUGGUUUUGGAAAGACUUAAGACAUCACCCUCAAAGCUCUUUAAAUUAUGCAACAUUGCUUUUACUAUUACUUCAUUGUAUGGAGAAGUCCACAGAUUGACAAAACCAGUGUGUGGUCCCCAAAGCUAUUAUUUCACAAAUGUUUGCCAUGGAAUGGGUUUAGUGAAUGGUCAAUUCAAAAUGUAUAAUUCUGUUUGGACAUUUUUUAGGCCCUCUUUUACAAUUAAAAACACAUAUGGGCCCUGAUUAAUGAUCAAAUGUGAGCAAAUAAACUGUCACUAUACAUUUCAGUGCAGCAAGGCUGUACAGUUCACACAACUGAAAAAUGUACAGUCCUGUACACUUGCACUAUAGCUUGCACAUGCAUUGAGUCACAAAAAUAAAAUGUGUGUCCUUACAGCAGCUGUCCACUCUGCUUGACCCACUAGCACUAUUAGUUCGGAUGAUUUAAAUCCUGCUUAGGAAUAGUGGAAUAUACCUUCACAGCUUUGUGUGUGUGUGUGUGUGUGUGUGUGUGUGUUUUGAAAGAAUGAAAAGGGGAAGUGGGUGGUAUUCAACCAUUACUACUGGAAACACACAAAGGCGUGUGCCACUUCCACCUUGGCUCCAGAUAGCUGUGUUUAGCGAUGCGUCCCUUUUCAUUAGGCUGAUUUUGACUUUGUCUACCUGGUAGUGCAAGAAAAUACACCAGCUUAAAACAGCUCAUAAAACAG